AAUGUGGAUGUCCUGCUCGUGUUGCUAAUUGUUGAUGCAGCCCCGAGGGUCUCUCGCGGGGUGAUCAGGGCUCAUCCCCGGUCUCUUGUGAUCUCUGUCCGCUCGGACCAACAAUGAUAAGCACCGAGAGUGUUUUGGAGAUUGCAGACCAGCCUUGCAUACGGCUGGAGCCCCUGGUGAACACGCACUUGUCGGGAAAGACGACGUCGACCGGUGGCAGCUGCGAUGUCUUUACAGAUGGCAGCCCCAAAGUGACAGCCAACGGAGUGCACGACAUAGAAGACCGGAUUCUGAGGAUCACCGGCUACUACGGCUACAACCCAGGAUACUCCAGUCAUAGAAGAGAGGAUGGCUCAGAGUCUCAUGCAGAGACACCAGGCAGCGAGACCAGUGAAGAGAGCCGGUCCUAUCAGACAUGUACCAACACAGCUCUGAAGGUGCUGGGGGGUCUGCUGCUGGUGCUGUGCGUCUCCUCCUCCUGGGUGGGUACCACUCAGGUGGUUAAGCUGACCUUUCAGUCGUUCUCCUGUCCUUUCUUCAUAUCCUGGUUCAGCAGCAACUGGAAUAUCCUCUUCUUCCCCAUAUACUACUCUGGAUUGGUGGUUACCACACGGGAGAAGCAGACUCCAAUACAGAAAUUCAGGGAGUGCAGCAAGCUCUUUGGGGAGGAUGGGAUGACUCUCAAGCUUUUCGUAAAGAGGACAGCACCCUUCUCAAUCCUGUGGACGCUGACCAACUACCUUUACCUCAUGGCCUUGAAGAAGCUGACUGCAACUGAUGUCUCUGCUCUUUACUGCUGCCACAAGGCUUUCGUCUUUCUUUUGUCCUGGAUUGUUCUUAAGGACCGUUUCAUGGGUGUUCGGAUUGUGGCAGCUAUCAUGGCCAUCACAGGUAUUGUCAUGAUGGCUUAUGCUGAUGGUUUCCACGGUGAUUCCUUUGUGGGCGUGGCAUUAGCUGUGGGCUCAGCCUCCACAUCAGCUCUUUACAAGGUGCUGUUCAAGAUGUUCCUGGGCAGUGCAAACCUUGGAGAAGUGGCUCACUUCCUUUCCACCAUGGGCUUCUUCAACCUCAUCUUCAUCUCCUGUGUGCCCCUCAUCCUGUAUUUCACCAAGGUGGAGCACUUGGGCUCACUGUCUUCACUGCCCUGGGGAUACCUGUGUGGACUUGCAGGACUGUGGCUGGUUUUCAACAUCUUGGUGCAUGUUGGUGUGGUGCUGACGUACCCCAUUCUCAUCUCCAUAGGGACACUGCUCAGCGUGCCCGGCAAUGCAGCCGUAGAUGUUUUGAAACAUGAGGUGAUCUUCAGUGUGGUGCGCCUGGCAGCCACCUGCAUCAUCUGCCUGGGCUUCUUGCUCCUGCUGCUGCCAGAGGAGUGGGAUUCAGUCACGCUGCGUUUCCUAGCCACCAUCGCAGACAAGAAGACAGAGGAACACGGCGAGGAGCUCACAGACUCCAGCGUCCACACACGAAGCCGCAGUCGGGCAAACGGCACUGUCUCUAUUCCCUUGGCAUGACAUGGCUGAGCUCUGCUAGCAGCCUGUGUUAACCAGUCUUUAAGCCCUGUCUGCAAAUGUUCCUCCAUGGUGUGGAGGUGUGACGGGAUUUUUGGUCCACGAGGACUCUAUCAGGAAAACAGGAAGUAUUGUCUUGAACUUCACUCUGGAGAUCUCUCACUCAAUCACUUCACAACAGGAGGGGGGAAAGGACAUUCAUGGAUGUUGCUUAUUGAAAGGGUGGAAAGUGUUAUUCACUUUCUUGAAAUACUUGCCACGCUCAGUCCUGUUCCUCGCACGCACCCAAACCAAGAGCUGACUGACCUCCCCCUCACCUGCUCUGCGGACUGUAUUCUGUGAAUAUAAAUAUUGGCAGGGCCAAUUUGGCUCAAUCUUAUAUGUAUUUAUGAUAUUUAUUUAGAGCUUUAUCAGUAAGAGUAUUAUUUUAAAUCUUAUUGAAUAGUAUUAUAUACAAGAAUG